UCUAAUAUCCUAUGGAAGUGUCGAUCAGUUCUGACUCAGACUCACCCUCUUCGUCUUCUCCUUUUCGUGUUCACGAUCUCUGUCGGCGAGCUAAUGAAAUCAAUUAGCAGAGACUCCGAUUCGAGCUUAAUCGGAUCCGCUGCUCUUAUGGAUUCUUCGGAACUUACCUCCUCCGUAAAACGUGACAUUACUGAGGUUCAAUCUCUAUGUGCCAGCAUUGUUGGUUAUGGCGCUCAAUCUCCGUACGGAGACUCCGUUAAAUCUCAGCGCGAUCUUUGGAGAAGGAAAACUGAACAAGUUGGGGAAGAAGCUGAGUAUUUGAACAAAAAUCUGUAGAAAUACAUGUAGAGGAAUCAGAGGAAGAUGAAGGAAGCUAAAGAGAGAGAAGAUCUGUUAAACAGAGGGAGUGGGGAAGGAACACACAUCUUGCAGAUAUUUGAUGAUGACGCUCAAGCGAUGAACUCUGUGAAGAAGUCAAAGAGAUUGCUAGAAGAUUCGUUUUUGAGUGAAUUUGCCAUCCUCGCCAAUUAUGCCGAACAAAGGGAUCGUUCGAAAAGAGCACAUGGUAAAGCUUUGGAUGUUCUGAACACAGUAGGGCUCUCCAAAUCUGUGCUCAGGCUCAUCGAGAGACGCAAUGGUGUUGACACCUGGAUCGAGUACGCUGGUAUGAUCACCAAUAGUCAUAUUGUAUCUGUUCAUAAAGUGGACACGCUGAAUUUAAGGAAACUGGAACGACUUAGUUACACUGAUUGUACGUAGAGAGUUAUGUGUGUUUCACUUGAUUGUGUGCGGGGAUAGAGGAUGCAUUUUUCUUUUGUUUAUGACUCUUACAAGAUAUUCCCGCAUAUUAUAUAGUUCAACGAAGUUUGAGUUUGUCAAGAA